GAUACUCGGACUGUGUGUGACUCGCAUUGCGCCGCACAGCGCAGACAGUUUAGCUCCGUUCGGUUCAGUUCAGUUCAGCCGCGAAGCGAGUAAGACGUGUUUUCUCCUCAACCCAAAAACAAAACAGAAACAAAUUAAUACAAACACCCAAACAUAACAACACUGAAAACAAAGUUGGAUAAGAAGAAAAAUCCGAAGUUUGAAGUUUUACAUACACAAACACACACGACACGUUUUAAGUGCUUCCAGUCUCUUCUGCCAUUUUUUGUGUUUUUAAAUAAAUUGCGCGAGCUUUAUGAGAAAUGCGAACAAAGUCAAAUCAAACUAAACUAACAAUAAAAAAACGAAAAGUGUACUAAACGUAAAUAUCAAUGAAAUAAAGAAUCUUUUUGAAAAUACUUUGAAGAGUGUUUUGUGCUGAAAAUGCUGCCAUUCUUAAUGUUCAAAAUAUUGCACAAGAAAUACAAAAUCAAUUAACAAAUCGACAAGUGCACGCCCAAAAAUAAAACAGAGACAACAACAGAAAAGUUCUUCAGAGCCAGAAUAUACUAUACUAUAAAGCAGGCAGAGCAGGACAAAAGUUGUGUUUCGAUAACAAAUUCGAUAACCACAGACUGUGUGCAGUGCAUAAACCGCAGGAGUUUUUGGUCCUCAACGAACGACAAUAACAACAACAGCAACACCAACAACAACAACAAUAACAAUGGCCGUGCCCUUUUAUCUGCCCGAGGGCGGCAACGAUGACAUUGCCUCGAGUUCAGCGGGCACCUCGGGCAUCUCCUCCUCCUCCUCCUCCUCCGCGUCGUCGUCGUCUACUUCAUCAUCGUCGGCAUCCGGCUCGUCGACAGCAUCAUCCUCCUCCUCCUCCUCAUCUUCAUCCUCUUCGUCGUCGUCGGGUGUUUCGUCGGAUGGCGCCAGCAGCAUCGCCUCACAGUCCCCAAACACAACGAGCUCGGCCACGCAGACGCCGAUGCCAUCGCCAUUGACAAUGCCCAACGACCAAGUGCUGACCGCCCUCUGUGAAUGGUAUCAACAGCAUCUCCAUCAACGCUACCAGUUCAAUGGCAAUGCCACGGCUCCGCACAUUUUCCAGUACCCGACGCCGCCGAGUCCCUCGUGUUCGAUGGCUCAGUCACCGAGCUACACGGGCCCCGACUUCUUCUUCGCCCACCCCGGUGUCUCGGCCUCGCAUUUGGCACAUCCCCGCACACCGCGCACCAGCGUCAGCUUUGCGGCCGGCGAGGAGAUCCCCUACUUCCGGUCGCCAGCAUAUCCGGCGCCAUCGACACCACAGCCAAUGCCACGACAACCGCCGGCGCCGCAGUCAGCGCCACCGUUGCACUACAGUCACAGCUAUCCACAGCAAUCGACACACUUGCUGCCCCAUCAUCCGGCCUCCUCCGUCUCCUCAUCGACACAAUACGGCGGUCAUCCACUGCCCGUUGGCGCCUACUAUGCCACCUACACGCCGCCACCGACACCGAACACGGCGAAUGCUUCCACCUCGACGCCCAGCUCAUCGUCGUAUCUACGGCACGGUCAUGGCUUAGGGCUGGCUUCGACUCCACUGGCGCCAAGCGGUCCCAAGAUGCGAUUGCAUCGCAGCCAAUCGGAUGCGGCCAGACGCAAGCGACAGACCUCCACGGGGGAAGAUGAACGCGAGUAUCAGAGCGAUCACGAGACCAGCUGGGAUGAGCGGGACGAUCGUUAUGAUAAUUUCACGGCUGGACGAGAACGCCUUCAGGAGUUCAAUGGACGCAUACCGCCGCGCAAGAAGAAGAACAGCGGCAACGGUAAUCCGAACAAUAAUCAAAGCCACAAUGAAAGUCCUGAGAGCGAGGAGAACAACAGCGAGCAGCGAGAUGCAACGGAGAAGGACAAGAAGAAACAACAAAGCUUCACUUGGCCGACAGUUGUCACCGUCUUUGUGCUUGCCAUGGGCUGUGGAUUUUUUGCAGCACGAUGAGUGCCGAGCAAAAGCAACAACAACAACCAGAUGCGAGAACAUUAACAACAACAACACCAACAUUUACUUAAUGAUCCAUAGUGAAAUCGGCUAACAUAUAGAACAUUGUAAUCCCAUAUAAAUAUACAUUUAUAUAACAUAUACUAUUCAAUAAGUUUAUCAACGAAAAAUCGAGCUGUAAAAGGUAAAGUCAUAAAAUCGUACAGAAUCAACUGAUGAGAACCCCUAAAAUAUAGAUGUGUAUAAAGUUAUGGAUGGUUGACGGGACACAAGAACAAUAUAUAUAUAUAUAUACAUAUAUUCAUACUAUAUACACAUACGAUAUGUGUACAUUCAACGUACUAUAUUCUAAAUUACUUCUCUCAAAACGAAUAGACUAUCCAUUUAAGAACUACUUAAGAAAACAUUCAAACUGCUCAAUUGCAAACUGUAGACUGGCUAAAGACUAAACAAAAUACAGAUAUUUUUGCUAAAAAAAAAGAAAAACAAAUUACAAACUUAAAUACAUAUUUUUUGGUAACGCUUUUUGGCUAAAGACUCGUAACGUAUUUUUGUACACACUUUAAACAAACAAAAACAAAAAACUAAAAAGUAUUAGAAAAGUGAAACAAGUUAAACUGCCAUUUUUUGAGAUACAUACAGAACAGAUGAGAUACUUAAUAUUAUAUACAGAUACAUUUUUAUAAUGUAUUGUGGGCCGGUCUCUUAGCAAUUAAAUGUUUGAGCAUUUUCUUUCUUUGCUAUUUUGCAUUUAGCUUUUGCAUUUCAUACAACUUACAAAAAAAAAACAAAACUCACAAAAAAAAAAAACUACAAAAACAUAAAUGUGAAUAUAAAAAUAAUUUUUAUUUUGCUUCCGCGUUGAUUUCAAUCAUUUUAAUUGUAUAUUUUUGAUUGUCAAACAAACAAAUUUUUCAAUGUCUUCGAUUUGUAAUUUCAAUUACAAGAAAAUAAUUACAUAUAUUAUUAUUAAAUAAGAAUUUCGUAGCAAUCGCCCAACUUAAUUGAAUUGUUGCUUUAAAGUAGUGAAAAUUGUCAACAAACAAAAAUAUUUAGCUUUAAUUGUUAUCAAUGAAAAAAUCAGAGAGAAAAAAUGCCACAAAAAAAAAAGAAAAAUGAAAUGAAGAUAAGAAAGAAGAAUGUGUUUUUUGUAUAUAGUUAAUAUGCCAUUUUUGUGAUGAUUUUGUCUAUAUGAUUUAUCAUGUUUUUAGUUAAAUUUCAUAGUUAUUUAAGUCAGACGUUUAUCAUGUGGAUUAUUUUGUUCAUUCUUCAAAUUGGUCUCACAAUUUAUAGUUUAUAGUUUAUAGAUGCACAACGCACAGUGCAGACAAGAAAUUUGCGCAAAAGUUUAAUUUGAAAUUUUCCCCCGCAAGGACAAGUUCUACCUUUGGUUAACUCUCAAAAGCCAACGUUGAAUGAUCUCUUAACUGGAAAUUAAUCGAACAGCAAAGGGCAUAACUCAAUUGAUCUCCAUACGAUAGCCAAAGUCAAAAGUCAACAUAACACAAAGUUAUUCACAUUUCUGUGGUAAAUUUCACAACACUUUUGCCAAAUUUCUUGACGUUUCAAUGCUAAUCGAACCGUGAAAAGUGACAAAAUAAACAAAA